AUUUAGAUGCAGUAUUUUGCAUACAGUUCUGGUUUUAACACCGUAUAAAACUUCCAUGUAAAAAAGUGGACCUUUAGUUUUACAAGAAAAGCAGGUUGUAAAAUAAAGUGCUUUAUGGAUAAUUCCUGAAAGAGUUGUACAUGUAAGAACUGUGAAUAUCAGCUCCUCUGGGUCCUGCUUACCUUACCGCUGAGCUUUCUUUCUUUCUUUCUUUGGUCUGGACAAAUCAGUGGUUUGCGUAUAGAUUUUUUUUUUUUUUUUAAUUUAGGAUUGAAGUUUUUAAACUGGAAGGUAAUUAUAAUUUUGAGAAGUUUUUUGAGAUUAUCACAUUUAGUUUAUACAUAUGCAAGAAGCUUUUUGUCUUGUCUCUUUCUGAUAGCUCUAGCAGUUUUCAUAUUUUGGUCAUAGUUUCAACAUUUUAACAUGUGAAUAAUAGGGUUUCAUGCUGGUUUCCAGAUUUUAUUGUUCAGCUACGUACAAUGGAACUUUCAGUUUUAUAAGAGAUGAAUACAGUGGAUACUUUUCCUAUUGGUAAUGAUUGAGUUCACCUCUUUCAGAAGACAUUUUCUUUCUCUUCUGAGUAACUGAAAUAAAAUCUGGCCUUUGUGAAACCCUGGAAAUCUUAACUCUGUUGAAAUACUAGGUUAAACACAUUCCAAGAGAUCUAUUCAAACUCAAAUUCUUUUGUAUACUUCUGAGGUGCCUGAGAAAAAGACUUCAUUAUUUAUGAGAAAAUAUUCUUUAUUUUUGGAAAUUGUGUUCAAAUGUUAGCUUACUAUUUUGUAGAAUGAAUGUUUAUGAAGCUGAUAUGAGGCCAUCUCAGAAGAACCAAGCAGGUUCCUUGACCUUUUGCUUGCUUUUCUGAACAUUGUGAAUAAUACACGUCUUUCUAAAUUAUUCUAGAGUAUGCAAGUGUCAAUGGUAUGAAACACCAUUGUACUGGAAGAAUUAACAUAUUACUUUAGUAUGUACCUGAGCUAAAUGACUGAAGCUUUAGGGGUGCAUAGAAACCACCAUAAUUUUUAUGACAUUUUGAAGUGAAUUAAAUAUUUUUGAACAUAAAAAAAAGAAAUAACUUUUUAUAGCUUUGCAUGGGUCUAUUUUUCAAUUUAUAUUUUAUUUUACUGAUUGAAAAGAUAUAUAUUGUGUGUGGUGUGUGAUUUUGUCUGUCAGGAUAAUCAUAGCUUAAUUUCUAUUAUUAUUAUACCAAUAUCAUUUAGUUUUUUGAAGCUUUUCAAUUCGUGAGGGUAUUGUUUUCUCUCUCGUGAGACAGAAAACAAAUCCAAACCGUGUAAGAGAAAAAGGAAAGCAUUGAUUCCGAGGACUGAGAAGCUCCCAGACUUAACUUGCUUGGGAUUCAGCUACAUGUACAGUUUCAAGUGGCGUCCUGAAACUCUCUCUCUCUACUUCCCCAUCAUCGGCUCUGCGUUUAGCUCCACGAACUUCAGACUUAAACAGCAUCACUGGCUCCUGACCAGGAUUCUAGCUCCAUGAACCUCAAACUAGAACACCAGCCCGGAUUGUCCGCAGGUCUCCAGCUCUAAAACCUAGGACAUCAGUGGCAGUACCUACUCCUCCCGGGGGCUCCAGCUCUGAGACCCUCAGACUUCAACUGCAGCACCAGCUCUUCCCCAGAUCUCCACCUCCACGACCCUCAACUAGAACACACCAGCUCCUCCCUGGGUCUCCAGCUCCACGACCCUCAACUAGAAACACACUACCUCCUCCCUGGGUCUCCAGCUCCAUGACCCACAAACUAGAACAACACUGCUCCCCGCUGUAUCUCCAGAUCCACGACCCUCAACUAGAAACACCAAUACCGGCUCCUCCGCGAGUUUCCAGCUCCACAAUCUAAGACAUCAGAGGCAGCACUGGCCCCUCACGUAGAUUCCAGCUCCGGGACCCUCAUAUUUGAACUGCAGGACCAUGUCAUCCCUGGAUCUCCAGCUGCACGACACUCAAAUUAGAACAACACAGCUCCUCCCCAGGUCUCCACCUGCACGGCCCUCGAACAGGAACGUCAGCUCCUCCCCGGAUCUCCAGCUGCACGGCUCUCCAACGGGAACAUCAGUACCUCCUCGAGUCUCCAGCUACAUGGCCCUGAAACUGGAACAUCAGAUCCCCACAGGCUCUCCAGUGGCACGGCCCUCUAAAGGGAACGUCAGCUCCUCCCUGGGUCUCCAGCUGCACAGCUCUCACAUGGGAACAUCAGCACAUCCCCGGGUCUCCAGCUGGAAGGCCCUCAAACAAGAACAUCAGCUCCUCCCCAGGUCUCCAGCUGCAAGGACCUCAAAUGGGAACAUCAGCUCCUCGCUGGGCCUCCAGAUGCACAGCCCUCAAACAGGAACAUCAGCUCACCCCCAGAUCUCCAGGUGCACAGCUCUCAAAACAGAACAUCAGCUCCCCCAUGGGUCUACAGCUGCACGGCCCUCAAACUGGAACAUCAGCUCCCCGAUGGGUAUCCAGCUGCACGGCCCUCAAACUGGAACAUCAGCUCCCCACCGGGUAUCCAGCUGCACGGCCCUCAAACUGGAACAUCAGCUCCCCGCCAGGUAUCCAGCUGCAUGGCCCUCAAACUGGAACAUCAGCUCCCCGCCGGGUAUCCAGCUGCACGGCCAUCAAAUUGGGACAUGACCUCCUCCCCCGGGUCUCCAGCUGCAUGGCCCUCAAACUGGAACAUGAGCUCAAUGCCAGGUCUCCAGCUGCACAGCCCUGAAAUUGGAACAUCAGCUCCCCGCCGGGUCUCCAGCUGCAUGGCCCUCAUACUGGAACAUCAGCUUCCCGCCGGGUCUCCAGCUGCACAGCCCUGAAACUGGAACAUCUUCUCCCCUCCCGCGGUCUCCAGUUGUACAGCCCUCAAACUGGUACAUCAGCUCCCC